AAAGCAAAAAAGAAAAAAAAAGACCCAAUAAGUCGAGCAGAUUCUCUCUCGUCUCCAUCGCUCUUGUCGCCGUGCCACUAUAUAGAUAGAUAGCAUUCUGUUGAAGUCUUUUCUCUCACCGGUUUUUGGAUUAUAUUUUUGUGCUGCCGCCGUUGAAGGCUUCAUGGUUGAAGAAUCUUAACUUUGCUCUGGUGUGCUAUUCGUAAUGACAAGUUCCUUGAGAAAGCUCGUGUCUUGCGUUAUCCUUGAUUUGGAUGGAACCCUUCUUAAUACAGAUGCCAUUGUGCAUGAUGUCUUGAAGGCUUACUUGGUUAAGUAUGGAAAGCAAUGGGACGGAAGAAAAUCUCAUAGAAUCGUAGGAAAGACACCCUAUGAAGCUGCUACUGCUAUUGUUGAAGAUUAUGAACUUCCCAUAACUACAAAUGAACUUUUAUCACAACUUUCUCCAAUAUUCUCGGAAAAAUGGUGCAGCAUCAAAGCGCAACCUGGUGCAAACAGGUUAAUUAGCCAUUUGAGGAGUCAUGGUGUGUUGAUGGGCUUGGCUUCAAAUUCUUCGAAGGAAAAUAUCAAAACUAAGAUUUCUUAUCAUCAAGGUUGGAAAGAAUCAUUCUCUGUCAUUAUAGGUGGUGAUGAAGUCACUUGUGCGAAGCCAUCUCCUGAAAUAUAUCUUGAAGUUGCUAAGAGGCUAAAGGUGGAUAGUCCCAGUUGUCUCGUCGUUGAAGAUUCAGUGCCGGGUGUUGCUGCUGGUAAGGCAGCUGGAAUGGAAGUGGUUGCUGUUCCAUCGCUUCCUAAACAAUCCCAUAUUUUCACCUCGGCAGAUGAGGUGAUCAACUCCCUCCUAGACUUGCGACCUGAAAAAUGGGGCCUACCUGCGUUUGAAGAUUGGGUGGAAGCUACUUUACCAAUAGAACCAUGGUACAUUGGUGGUCCUGUCAUCAAGGGCUACGGCCGUGGUUCCAAGGUGCUCGGGAUUCCUACAGCUAAUUUGUCGACUGAAGGUUACUCAGAUCUCCUCUCGGAACAUCCUUCCGGUGUUUACUUUGGGUGGGCCGGACUAGCAACUCGAGGUGUUUACAAGAUGGUAAUGAGCAUAGGUUGGAACCCUUACUUCAACAACACCGAGAAGACAAUUGAGCCAUGGCUGCUUCAUGAUUUCAACCAAGACUUCUAUGGUGAAGACCUGCGUCUUGCUAUUGUCGGCUAUAUACGGCCUGAGGCCAACUUCUCCUCGCUCGAGAGCUUGGUAGCGAAGAUCCACGAGGACGGGGAGAUUGCUGCGAAAGCGCUUCAACUCCCUCAAUAUUCCAAGUACAGGGAUGAUCCAUAUUUGAAAGUGGUAGUUUCUGGUUAAAUUCAUCAGUUUAUCAGAGGCUGAAACAUGUAAUGGAAGGAUGGUUUAAAGUAACUCAUUUUUAUUGGGGGAUUGUGAUAAAAGAAUAAAUUGUUAUCGUUUUAA